UACGUCGUUAAUGGUCAAAUACGUCGGUUUCGUAUUGUAACAACGUUAUAACACUUGAAUAAGUAGGAAGAAUUUCGAUGAGGGAUGGCUACAUUUAGUUUGAUGACUAUCUGAUGUGGAAGAUGUGGCAGAUAAAGCAAUUCAUCACAAUUUUGGGUGUAAUUGUUUGUACUGUACUCUAUUGUCAUUUUGUAAUGAAGGUCUCGCAUCAGGAUGAAGCAAUAAAAAAAUUAGCUGCUACUAUCAGUCAACUUAAGCUGAGGAACUUUGAUGAAGACAGCAAAAAAGAUAUACUUGCUGAUUUUGUCAAUAAUGGAGAAGAUACCAAAAUUCCAUAUGAUGAUUUACUUAUAAUUUAUAAUCGAGUCCCUAAAACUGCAAGCACAAGUCUGAUGGGUGUGGUUUAUGAUCUUUGUAAACGUAACAACUUUCAUGUUCUUCACAUCAAUACCACCAGGAAUGUGCAUGUAAUGUCACUCUCAGAUCAGAGGAGGUUUAUUGAGAAUGUUACAUCAUGGCAGGACAAGAAACCUGCACUUUAUCAUGGACAUAUUGCUUUCUUAAAUUUUCAGAGAUACGGAAUUUCACAGAGACCGAUCUAUAUCAAUCUGAUACGAAAACCUCUUGAUAGACUAGUGUCUUAUUACUACUUUCUUCGUUAUGGUGAUGAUUUUCGACCUUAUGUAGUUCGCAAAAGAAAAGGAAAUACUGUGACUUUUGAUGAAUGUGUGGAGCGACAGGAAAAUGACUGUGAUCCUGAAAACAUGUGGCUUCAGAUACCUUUCUUUUGUGGGCUGCAUGUGGAUUGCUGGGAACCAGGAAAUAAUUGGGCUCUAGCCCAGUCAAAGCAGAACCUCGUAGAGCAUUACAUGGUGGUAGGAGUUACUGAGGAACUUGAGGAUUUUGUGGCAUUACUCGAAGUUGUUCUACCAAGAUUCUUUCAUGGUGCCACACAACAGUUCCUUAAAGGUAAGAAGUCGCACCUAAGGAAAACUUACAACAAAGUUGAUCCUGCCCCAGAAACUGUCCGUAAGAUUAAGAGUUCCAAAAUAUGGAGCAUGGAAAAUGAUUUUUAUGAGUUUACUCUUAAACAAUUUCAUGCUAUGAAGAAAAGAACACUGAUAGAAAAAAGAGGUGUCCUUCAAGAUGGAGGACAAAGGUUUUUCUUUGAAAAGAUUCGCCCAAGGUGAAAGAGAUAAUGAGGGAUAAUUUAUUCUAAUUCUUUCUUAAAUAUAUUCAUAAAUAAUAUACAUGCUUUGUAUCUUUAGCUUUCAUUUCAUAUGUGUUACCAUAAGAUUGACAUUAGAAGGGUAGGAAGGUCCUGCAAUAUAUGUACAGGUAUUACUGUGAUGUGUCUUUGUCAGAAUUUUUCAGGUUAAAGUUAUAUUCAUACAGAGGAACAUCCUGAAUAAGAGAGUAGUUGAAAACACUGACACAAAAUUUUAAAACUUGAAACUCUUCAAGUACAAGUGUCAACUGUGUACUUGGUUCAUUUUUUGAUGAACCAGAAGUGACUUUUUAUGUUUCUUGAAGAUUUGAUCAGAUGAAUCUUAUUCAAUGGACACAUCAUAUUGUUUUGUGCUUCCAUUGAUUGGCUCUUUGGAAGAAAAUGGACCAUGGUUGGGCAACUACACAUCCAAAGCAUGAUAUUACGUAUAUUUUGUUAAAAGACUUUCUUUUACAAAACGGUCAUUUGGGGGAGUAUAUGUGUUAAUUUCCUACUAAAUGAGCAUAAACUGCAAGUUGUUCAGCAUGUUUAUAGUUAUUGGAUACUUGACAAAGUUCUGUUUUACUAUAUUUGACUGUACCUCGCAAUUCGUAUUAACUGUAAGAAAAGAAAUUGUGGUUCCAUUUUCUGUUAACUUUAUUUUCUUACAAUUUUUUUUUGAAAAUGAAUUGCACAAAUUCAGUGUCAAAAUCUGAAUUUUUAAUACGAGAAUUGGUUUAUUUCAAUUCUUAUUAGCUACAUUUUAUUAACUAGUACAAAAUUGUUUUAAUACUUUUUGAGAUGUUAUUUUAACAAGCAUAUACAAAUGUUUAAGGUUUUAACUUGUUAGUAAUAUUUUUUUAGGAUAUAAACUAUUUGAGAAACCAGGUAUUUAAAAAUAAAAUUCUUCAAAUUUGGUAUCGUAGGUAAUUUUAUGUACUGUUAAUACACUAUUAUUUUACAAUAAUAAUAAGUUAAUUAUAAAUAUUUCAUUCUAUUAUGUUUCUAUGUAGUUAAAAAUUAAAUUUGCAAAUUAUAGUUUAAUGGUUUAUUUAAAAAAUACUGAGUAGCUUAUAUUUAUGAGUGUAAAAAUGUUUGAUCCAUCUGUAACUUUUAAAUGCUUACAUUUUUCUCAGACGUGUGUGUGUGGGUGGGGGGGGGGGAUCUAAAUGGAAUUUUUUUUUAAAUUUACUAAACAAUAACUUGUAUAUAUUUUACAUUAUUAAAAACUUUUUGGUGAAUAUUUUGUUGCCCCAAAACCUAAUUCAACGAACAGCUGAGCAUUAUUAUGUUUUACAUAAAUGAAAGUUCUUGUUAAAACCAGCUGUUGAACAAGUCCUUUAGCUACAUGUUUAAGGCAGUUGUAUUUGUAAUACAAAAUUUGGUAGUUGGAUCCUUAUUUAAGUUUUUAAUGACCACAAAGAAAUGUAUUCUUGUAGCAAUGCUUAUUGAUAUUCAAUCAAAUUCAAUACCAAUUCAUGCAAGUUCAAAUUUAUUCACUGAUCAUGUAUUAAUAGUCCAUACAUACACUGAUGGAAGUACAUAAACAUCCAUUUUUACCUAAGAAGAAACUUGUAGGCACAAGAUUGAAAUAAUUUUUGAUCUACUACAAAAUACAUAAUGUGCAUUGAUAUUGACAUGAAAAAUACUCUCAGCUCUAAUCGCUGCUGCUACUGACUAAGCCUAACAAAAAAAAAA